GUCCCUCCCCCGCGCCUCCCUCCUUCCCCCGUGAUGGCGGAGGACAGCGAGUCUGCAGCCAGCCAGCAGAGCCUGGAGCUGGACGACCAGGACACCUGCGGCAUCGACGGCGACAAUGAGGAGGAGGCCGAGCACGCCAAGGGAAGUCCUGGAGGGGAUUUGGGAGCUAAGAAGAAGAAAAAGAAACAGAAAAGAAAAAAGGAGAAACCAAACUCCGGCGGCACCAAAUCAGAUUCUGCUUCUGACUCCCAGGAGAUUAAAAUUCAACAGCCUUCAAAAAAUCCAGCCAUUCCAAUGCAGAAGCUACAAGAUAUUCAGAGAGCUAUGGAGCUGCUCUCUGCCUGCCAGGGCCCAGCAAAGAACAUUGAUGAAGCGACCAAACGUAAAUACCAGUUUUGGGAUACACAACCUGUACCCAAACUUAAUGAAGUUAUAACUUCUCAUGGUGCAAUUGAGCCAGAUAAGGACAAUGUCCGUCUUGAGCCAUACUCUUUGCCACAGGGUUUUAUGUGGGAUACUUUGGACCUGAGCAAUGCAGAAGUGCUAAAGGAACUGUACACAUUGUUAAAUGAAAAUUAUGUAGAAGAUGAUGAUAACAUGUUUAGGUUUGAUUAUUCGCCUGAGUUUCUCUUGUGGGCACUACGUCCUCCAGGCUGGUUACCACAGUGGCACUGUGGGGUUAGGGUGUCUUCAAACAAAAAAUUAGUAGGAUUCAUAAGUGCUAUCCCUGCCAACAUCCGGAUUUAUGACAGUAUGAAGAAAAUGGUGGAAAUCAAUUUUCUUUGUGUCCAUAAGAAAUUGAGAUCUAAACGAGUAGCACCUGUCCUGAUUCGGGAAAUAACCAGAAGAGUAAAUCUGGAAGGGAUUUUUCAGGCAGUUUACACUGCAGGAGUGGUACUCCCCAAGCCAGUUGCCACUUGCAGGUACUGGCAUCGAUCACUGAACCCCAGAAAAUUGGUAGAGGUGAAAUUUUCACAUUUGAGUAGAAAUAUGACUUUACAAAGAACAAUGAAGCUCUACAGACUUCCCGAUGCCACAAAGACUUCAGGUUUGAGACCAAUGGAAAAAAAAGAUACUAAAAUAGUGCAAGAAUUAAUCAACAAUUACUUGAAGCAGUUUAAUCUUGCUCCUGUAAUGGAUGAAGAAGAGGUAGCUCACUGGUUCCUGCCUCGGGAUCAUAUUAUUGACACCUUUGUAGUAGAGAAUCCAAAUGGUAUUUUAACAGAUUUCCUGAGUUUCUACACAUUACCUUCAACGGUUAUGCACCAUCCUGUUCAUAAAAGCCUCAAAGCUGCCUAUUCCUUCUAUAAUAUUCAUACAGAGACCCCUCUCCUGGACCUGAUGAAUGAUGCACUCAUUAUAGCUAAAUUGAAAGGAUUUGACGUGUUCAAUGCACUAGACUUGAUGGAAAACAAAACAUUCCUGGAAAAACUCAAGUUUGGGAUUGGAGAUGGUAACUUGCAGUAUUAUCUGUACAACUGGAGAUGUCCUGGGAUGGAAUCUGAAAAGGUUGGUCUUGUAUUACAAUGAGGACACUUGUGUUUAUAGAACUCUGAAGUCAUCAUUUGAGUUGAUUUAACCUCCAUAGCAGUUCUUGGAAUGGUGUUGUUCAAGAGGAGUAAAAGCACAACAUCAGUAAAAUUGAAAUAGUCCAUUAAAUCUGAAAUAAAGAAGACCAUAUGUGACCAGUUUUACACAUUUUCAGAUAGAAUGGAAAGUUCAUGAAACUCUUAUUGUCCAUGAAAAGAAUAAAAGCACAUUCAUUUAAUUUUCAAAGCUUAGCUUGCACCUUGAUAAAAAGAAGGUAUUUUUUCCACUCUGUAGAAAAGACUGUUUUGUACAAACUGAGCUACAGUGGUGGAUUAGGGUACAAAAAUCUUUGCUAUUAUGUGGAUGAACUGCUGCAUUUCUAUUUAUUAAGUGGUGGUGUAUGUUUGUCAGUGUUACAGAAUGAAGGAUCCAAACUUGAGUAUCUUUGCUUAUUCACUUUACAUGGAUUUCAUCGUUUGGGGGGAGAAUUAUGGAGUAUGACAUUUGUAGCUAUUAUGAAAGUCCUGGAUGUUUUUGUAACUGGAGCAGUAUGAAAAUGUACUGGUUUGACCUGGUGCAUUUGUUUCUCCAUAAGCAAUGCUGCCAAAACAAUAAAAAUACAGAUUUGUACUUUGA